AUGUCAUUCUUCUUUCCAAAAGCUCCCACUGAAAUCGUGGAUCCAAAAGAGGCCGCUAACACGGAUCGGGUAAGGAGCUACAGUUAGUUUAGUACAUUGUACUUGAUAUCUCGACAAAAAAAUAUUGGUUUUGACUCGAAAAUCUUCGCCAGAGAUAAAUUAUGAUGGCCUAACAUACAAUUAAAAUCUCAAAUUGAAUAUAUUUUUUUUCCCAAAUGUUUGUCAUCUUUUUGCCUACUUCAAUACAUAAAUCUUUCAAUUUCAGCGUGAAGUCUUCUUGGCCUGCAUUUUUUUCUCCUGCACCCUAUUUAUGGCGUUUGUAUCGGUGAUGAUGAUCGAUGGAUUCAACCCCGUUCUGACCGGCUUCACUUUAUUCCCAGCCAUUUUAUUUGCCUCAGCUGCUAUUGGAAAUAAAAUACGAAAUUCAACGCUUUAUAUCCCUGCCCUGCUGAUGAGUGUAAGUAGACUUUUUUGGAAAUUGUCUCGUAUUUUGCCUGAACCCAAGUUUUCCUUUCUUGCACUCCUAUUAAUUCCCUUUUUAGCUCUUUUUCUUCUCCAUUGGCUACUUCUUGAUCAUCGCUCUAAUUGUUGGCGAGAUUUGCAUCUUAUUCCAACCGAAAGAGAAGAGACAAUACGAAUUCCUUCAGCACGCCGACACGCCCAUGUUGGUGGCAUUUAUGGUGUUGUUGGACAUGUCGGUCAUCGUUACAGUACACCUGUUUUUGUGGGUAUUCAGAGUAAUGAAACGGGAUUAUCAUCGAGUUCUGGAGUCGGAAUCAUUGAAGGAGGAGAUCAAUUCGGUCGAGAAACAAUCUCAGCAAGUCUAG